AGAGCAGAGCAGAGCAGAGCAGUCGGUGCCCGUGCUGGUGCUGGUGGCGCUUGUUUGCUGUACGAUCGCAGCAGCACCAUGGCUGCGCUGGUGAGCCUCGACCUCCCUCUUCUCCUCCUCCUCCUCCUGCUCGGAUGCUCUCACGGCGGCCUACAGGAGCAGAUCAGGAGCGGCUGCAAGAAAUGGACGCGAAUGUCGAGUGAGGUUUGCUGUGACGAGUGUCACCCGGGCAACCGGCUGGUGUCGUACUGCGGCGCCGAUCCCAGCAAUCUUUGCACUCCUUGUGAGAGCGGGACAUACAGCCAGAAGGCCAAAGACUACAAGUGCUCCAGGUGCACUCAGUGCGAAGGGGCGCAGGUUCUGCUGAAGGCGUGUUCGGCCACCGGCGACACGCUCUGCGGCUGCAAGGAAGGGCUGCUGUGCGGCGACCAGGGCUGCUCCUUCUGCCGUAAAAAGUGCGGCAAAGGCGAGGAGCCCGCUGACAAACGUUCUUGCAGACCGUGUGCGAACGGAACCUUCAACGACCAAAUCCAUCAGAAGUGCAAGUCCUGGAGUACCAGGUGUCCUGGUCCGGACCAAAUGGCAGCCGGCGGCGAUGCCUUCAGCGACAUCAAGUGCGUCAACGUUUCGCGCAGCAAUCGGAAAGAAGGGACCGGCGCGGAGCAGGCCUGGCUAGUGGUGACGGGCGUGUGUCUGAUGGCCUCGAGCGUCACUCUCUUCGUCGUCAUGGCCGUGUACCGCUGCGAGAGAAACAAGAAGACGACGGCGGCGGUCCAAACGGCCCGAGUUCCUGUCGAGAGCACAGAAGAGCCCAACACACUCAUCGCAGUUGAAUGCAGUUUCCACGAAGCCCAGGAAGAGCAGGGAAGCAGCUCGCAGUCUUCAGCCUCCGAAGACUCCCGGCAGCAACUGGUGGUGUGAAGGAAAUCAA